CAGCUAUUGCGUUAGUAUGGUUCGCUUACUUGUUGUUCAGUCUAUGAUAGGCUUCCCCAAAAUGUGGUUGCUACUACUUUGUGCUGUGAGUGUCUUCGCACAAAAUGGGACUGAACUUCGUGAAGUAUUCGAUUACCAGUCCAUGCCAGCCCUCUCCGAAUUGGACGACUUCGACAAAUGCCUAAAGGACCCUGAAGCGGUAUAUUGCAUAGUGGAUAUGGAACUUCUGGAAGAUGACACACCAUUGUACCAGUAUAUAAAGAAUUUCUCGUCGCUUUAUUAUAGAAACUAUAAGCACUCGAAACUACACCGUGGUGUGUGUGGAACACAACAUUGUGGGUUGAAUUUUACACAUGCUAAUGUUACCGACUUGACGGUGGAUACGUUGAGGGAAUGCUUUAAUGCGAGUAUACAUAAAGGAUAUGGGUUGCAGGUGGAAUCACUAUCAGUUCGUUACUGCAAAACUCAGAAAGACCGUCUACCAAUAGACUGGCUGGACAUCAUCAUUGGUCUCUUAAUACUUCUGGUCUUAUUCGUGAAUCUUGGUUGUUCCGCUUACUACUUCUUCUGGCCUCCACAAGAAAGAGGUAACAGAUAUUUAUUGGCAUUUUGUAUCCAGAAAAAUUGGAAAGCAUUAAAGUAUGGCGGCAGUGCUGAUGGAGGAAUUUUCAAAUGUUUUCAAGCUAUGAGGUUUUACACAAUGGCAAUGAUUCUCGGUCUUCAUUCCAUGAUCUUCAUUGGUUAUGGCUACACAGAGAAUCCAGAAUUCAUUGAAAACUCAUACGACGAUUUCUUCAAAUCUCUGCUGUUCAACGCUCGCAUCAUAGUGCAAAUAUUCUUUGUGAUGGGAGGAUUUCUGAUGGCCUACAAGAUGCUGACAUAUGCUGAGACUCACGAGUUCAGUUUGAAGACUGUGCCUAUGGCUAUCGUUAAUCGCUGGCUCCGAUUAAUGCCAGCGGUUCUCGUGGUAAUGGGUCUGGCGAUGACUUGGGUGCCCCAUUUGGGAUCUGGUCCAAUGUGGGACGCGGUGGUCAAGCGUGAGCGAGACAUCUGCAGGAUGAAUUGGUGGCAACUGGUUAUACUUAUGCCAAAUGUGUUCCCAUUUGAGAAUCUGUGCCUUCCUCAGGCUUGGUACCUGGGAACAGACACGCAACUAUUCCUGAUGACAAUGGUAGUUAUGCUUAUCAUCUGGCGCUGGCCAAGGUCCGGAGUACCGGUCUUAAGUGUGGUUAUGGUAGUGAGUUUAUUGAUACCAUUCCUGCAGAGUUAUUUCAUGGAUUUGCUGCCUAUACGCGUCAGCAUAUUCCCUGAAUCGAUCCGUAAUAUAUUUGGUUUCAACUACACGUUUUACCACGCGUAUGUAUCGGCCCAGGGCAACUGGGCUGGCUAUCAUCUAGGCGUGCUGACUGCGUGGUUCUACCAUCGGGCGCAGAACAACAAGUGGAAUCUGGGCGAAUCUUGGCUUCUAAAGGCUCUCUUCUUCAUCUCUAUCCCCGUUGCAUUUGGGACGGUGUUGAUGGGCUGGGAUCUCCAUCACCGAGAGGCGACCGCUUUCGAAUCGGCCAUUUUUAACGCUUUGAAUCAGAAUUUCUUUGCGUUUGCGAUUUGCAUUUUCAUCAUCGGUUGCUUCUAUAAAUGUAACAAGAUCUACGUUAGCUCCGUAGAAUGGGGUCCAUUACAGCCACUCGGCAGAAUGUCUUACUGCGCUAUGUUGGUCCACGCUACUGUACUAAGGACCUAUGGCGGUCAAAUGAGACGCUCGUUCUACGCCACAGAUUACACCGCUAUCAUGUUAUACGCAGGCAUCGUAUGCACCACCUAUUUAGUAUCAUUACCACUCCAUCUAUUCGUUGAAGCCCCAGCUUGUGCCUUACAGAAGAUCUGGUUCAGUCCCAAACGGGUCCCAAGAGAGGAGAAGAUGACAGUGAAACCUGGAGUAUCUAACGUGUCUGUGUCGACUGUCUCAACACACAUUUAAAUUACUGGCGUAAAAUUUAAACCAAGUAACUCUACUAACCGACUGAAAUCUG